AUGUGCCCCUCUGGAGUGACAUGCUUAGUAUUAUUCCUUCUAUCGGCUCAAUUUGCCAUGCCAUGCUUCUUGAAUUCCUGCCCAUAUCGUAGAUAUGGAAGAACCUUGCAGUGUGCUAGUUGCGGACCCAUGUACCAAGGAGUGUGUGUUAAUGAAGGACGUUGCUGCACCCAUGAGGCAUGCUACGUUUCCACGGAAUGCACGUUUAGCUCGGUCUGUCCGGAGCUUUUCUGCAAGAUUGACCGAAACCCGGGAUACUGUGUGAAGGACGGAAUUUGCUGCACAUCAGGCGGAUGCCAGCCAAGCGAAAUGUGCUAG